AUAUUUUCUAUUAUGGGGUUAAUUUAACAAAAUAUGAAUUGAUGAAAGGUUGUGUUCUGCAUUUACUGUCAUAUCCGCUCACUAAAGGACUACAUAUAAACGUAUGAGGAAUGAGUGAUACCGGGAUAUUGUAGAUUUAACAUGGUUCUUAUGGUUUUUCUAUGUUUCAGGAGUGUGAUCACUACUGUUAGGUGGGAGUGGCUGUGCAACAACAUCUUUGCGCACAGGAACCUCUCACUGCUCCCAUGAGGUAACGUCAGAACCUGCUGCUGCUGUGGGCCAAUCCAUUUCCCACUUUUCUGACCCUCCCCAGGACACAGAUAAUCAUGGGCCAGAAGAUUUCUAGCAGUAUCAAAUCAGUGGAUGUACGUGGUGAGUCAUCAUUUGGGCCGCUGCACAGGGAACUGUGGGGCCCCGAUUUGUCUCGGCCCCCCAGACUAGAUUUACUCAUGGACAUGCCGGCAGUUAGCCCUGAGGGCCAGCUUCGCCAUGCCUGGAAUCCUGAUGACCGGUCUCUAAACAUCUUUGUUAAGGAGGAUGAUAAGCUGACAUUCCACCGCCACCCUGUGGCACAGAGCACGGACUGCAUUCGUGGCAAGGUGGGCUACACAAGGGGGCUCCACGUCUGGAAGAUUCACUGGCCAAUUCGACAAAGAGGAACUCAUGCUGUUGUUGGUGUGGCCACAUCUGAAGCACCUUUACAUUCUGUAGGCUACACAGCUCUAGUGGGCUCUGACUCAGAGUCCUGGGGCUGGGAUCUAGGUCAGAAAAGACUAUAUCAUGGCAGCAACAACCAUCAUGAUUCCACUUCAGCUCCCAUGUACCCUUGUUUUCUGGAGCCAGAUGAAUCAUUUGUGCUUCCAGAAACUCUGACAGUAAUCCUGAACAUGGAUGAGGGGACGCUGAGCUUUAUGAUAAAUGAACAGUAUCUAGGAGUAGCUUUUAAGGGGCUAAAGGGCAAACGGUUAUUUCCCAUUGUCAGUGCUGUGUGGGGGCACUGUGAAGUUUCUUUAUGCUACAUCAAUGGACUGGAUCCGGAGCCCCUCCCCCUCAUGGAUUUGUGCCGGCGUGUAGCUCGGCUGGCGUUGGGUAAAGAACGCAUCCAUCACAUCAACACACUUCCCCUGCCACAGACUCUGAAGAACUACCUCCAGUACCAGUGACGGUGAGCAUGCUGCGACAGCAGGAGGCAUGUUUGUCACUGUGGUAACAAGUUUCCAAAACAACUGAACCAGCAGACAUCUGUUGAUGACCAUGACACUGACCACAGAUGUUGAAGAAGGUGCUGCCAGGGAUUUGGUUUUCAUCAUUUAGUAGAUUUUUGUUUUGUUGUUCAGCAUAUUGUUUCCUCUGCCUUUUUCCACCUUGAACAGAUGUUCGGUUUCAGAAUUAAGGUAAUAAUACAUUAUAACAUAUUCCAAAUACAUCUAUGUAUUCCAAAUGUGUCAUCAGUGCUGGUGAGGCCUUAAACACCGUACAGUUUGAGCAACAGUCUACCCUGCUCAAUUUUGUUCCUCUGGAGUCUCUGUGGAGCUCUCCUUUGCUGUAAUCAUUACAAUUUUAACACACUUGCAAGUGGUUUGUGUGCUUAGUUUCAGUGGGGAAGGUUCCUGGUUCAAACCCCACCGCUGCCACAUCUCUCUAUGUAAUGUGGAGUUGCGUCAGGAAGGACAUCCAUUGUAAAACUUGUGCCAAA